AUGAAGGCCAAAACAGAACGUGUUUUUGAAGGCAAAAAAGACAACAAAAUACAUCUCAACAAAGUGUACACUGAACUCUUCAUCACUGAAGGGGACAUUUCAGAUGUGUAUGAUGAACAUGAAGUUCUGAAGAUUGACCGUGCCUUGAAAACGCCCAAAUUUGAGGACACACCGAUCAACUGCAAUGAGAUAUUCUGUUUAUUGAGGCAAAAGGAGGAGGGAAACAUCGUGUUGACCAAAGGCAUUGCUGGCAUUGGAAAGACAUUCUCCGUGCACAAGUUCAUCUUGGACUGGGCUGAAGGAAAAGCCAAUCUGGAUGUGGACUGUGUGUUUCUGCUUGCAUUCAGAGAGAUUAACUUGAUUAAUGAUGGUAAAGAGAAUGUUUUCUUCAGGUUGAGCUGGUGUAACCUCACUGAGAAGAGUUGUGAGCACCUUUUGUUGAUUCUCAGCUCAGAUUUACCCCUGAAAGAGCUGGACCUGAGUAACAAUGACCUUCAGGAUUCAGGAGUGAGGCUGCUCUAUAAUGGACUGAAGAGUCCAAACUGUCAGCUGGAGAUACUGAGAUUGUCUGGCUGUAUGUUGACAGAGAAAGGCUGUGGUUAUGUGUCUUCAGCUCUAAGUUCAAACCCCUCACACCUGAGAGAGCUGGAUCUGAGCUACAAUUACCCAGGACAAUCAGGAGUCCAGCCUCUCAAUGACAAACUGAGGGAUCCAAACUACUCACUGCAGAUACUCAAAACUGAUCCUAUGGGUGAACACUUCAUCAAACCAGGGAUAAGAAAGUAUGCCUGCGAUCUCACGCUGGAUCCAAACACAGCUCACGUGCAGUUGUGUCUCUCCAACGGAGACAGAACAGCAACACAAGUGAUGCAGAUUCAGCCGUAUCCAGAUCAUCCAGAGAGAUUUGAACCUGUCCAACAAGUGCUGUCUAGAGAGAGUCUGUCUGGCCGCUGUUACUGGGAGGCUGAAUGGACUGGUCCGGAAGGGACAGUCGGAGUGACGUACAAGAACAUCCAGAGGAAAAACGAUGAUUUUUGUUUAGUGGAGGCCACUGGUCAGCUUGGAAACAAUGACGUGUCAUGGAAAAUUACCUGUGGAUCUUUUCCAUAUGUUUCUCACGCUACAGAAGACAUUAAUAUAAAGACUCCGACCUCUCGUUCAUGUAAUAGAGUAGGUGUUUAUGUGGACACGACGGCUGGAGUUUUGUCCUUUUACAGUGUCUCUGACACACUCUCACACUUGUACACUUUCCUUGCAUCUUUUAAAUAUCCUCUCUAUGCAGCAUUCAAGGUGGAGAGCGACUCUGUGUCCUUUUGUCAGAUGUUGUAACCUGAAAGCCUCUUCAUCUUACCAUGUGUGCACAUUUAUCACCAGAACAUCAAAUAGAAUUUGAUAAGAUUUUAUUAAUGAAAUGCAAAGGUUCUACAUUUUACUAUAAAUGUAUAACAACAAACCACAUUUUCAGAAAUGAUUAAAGGGGCUAUAUGUAAGAUUUUCACUUUAAUAAAGCAUAAAAAUACCCCAAUAUGUUUGCAGAUAUUGAGGAAACAUGCUAAGUUCACCUACUUGUUUCUCAGAAAAACAAUGCUACAGCCAGAUAUUCUACUUUGAAAUGUGUGUUCCGUGUCGGGAUGUCUGUCUUGCUGCCUGUUUAUCCAAUAGUAUUUUGACAUCACAGGUUGCCAGUUGGCGGAAAACACCGCGUAUUGCAUCCAUGGAAACCAGCAAACAAACUGGGUCAGAGAAUCACAGAUCUAAAAAAGGGGGGGGGGGGACAAUAUUUUGAAUUUGGACUGCAGUACCUAUUUCGACCACUGGGUGUCAUUCCUACAUAAAGCCCCUUUAAGGAUUCAGGAAGAUCAGGUGGAUGGUCACUCAAAGCUGCUUUACUGGGCCUAAGACAAGACAUAAGACUGGGACAAACAGGACCAAAAGGCUGAUUAGCAUACAGUGCAUCGAUGUUGCAUGAGAAGUCUUAACAGCAGAACGAGAUAUGCAACUCUGCUGAUAACACAUUUUUACAAAGUAAACGUGAACAUAUAGUGGACAAAAUUCUAAAUAAAGCAUACAUUAAAGAAAAUAAAAUAUAAAACACUU